AUGCCGAUCUGUUUGGCAUCAGAACCCACACGAGAAGAAACACGACAAUUUGUAAAUACGUUGUUCUCUCCACGUGCUGGUUAUAUCCCUCGGCAAUGCUCAAAUCUCGAAACCAAGGAGCCUAAACAAGAAUGUCCGCCUUGUUUCAACUGCCACCUUCCCGCUUUCCAAUGUUCUCACUUUGCUAACUGUAGUGAUUAUGAUGGAAAAUGUCUGUGUCCACCUGGAUUUGGAGGCGAGGAUUGUUCAGAGGCUGUUUGUGAUUCUUUGGCUGCUGGACCAAAUCGUCGUCCGCGUGAAAAAGAUCACCUAUGCGAAUGUUCUGAAGGCUGGGAAGGAAUAAAUUGCAAUGUUUGUAAAACUAAUUCUGCUUGCGAUCCACUUGUGCCCACCGGACAAAAUGGAACAUGUUAUAAAGGAGGAUUGACUGUUUACGAGAAUUUUCAAAUGUGUGAUGUAAAAAACAAGAAAAUUCUUGAUAUGCUUCCCGAUCAACCUCCUCAAGUCACUUUUUCUUGUCAUCGCAAGAAAGAAACGUGUGAUUUUCAAUUUUGGAUUAAUCAAACAGAAUCAUUCUUUUGUCAUCUUGAUGAAUGUUCAUUCGAUCAAGAAAUAACUUAUGAUCAAAAUAUAACUCAAUAUAAUUGUCAACAAAUAAAAUGCAAAUGUAAGGUUGGAGAAAUGUUGUGUGGAAAGGAUGGUAGUAUUGACCUUACUGAAUGGCUAGAUGAAGAAAUAAAGGGACCCGCAGAAUUUAAAUGCUAUAAUCCUGAUGAUUGUCGUUUUUCUGAACCUGCUAUGAAUGGACUUAUUUUGCAAAUUUUUGGUGAUGGUUAUAUUUCUUUGGAUUGUAAAAGUGGCGAAUGUCUUCAUUAUACCGAAAGACCAUAUCAGCCAAAUAAUACAAAUAUGAUAAUAGUGUCGGUGGUUGCUGUGCUUACAUUUGUUGCUGGUAUUUUCGGAGCUGUAUUUUACUUGUCUCGUAAUUGGAUAACUCCGUCGUCUAUUAUUCUCCCUGAUGAUGAGAAUUCGAAACUUAUGGCUAAUCAUAUACCAGCAACAUUGCUUUUCCGGGACAUUAGUUAUUAUGUUGGUGAUAAAUCAGUUCUCCAUUCAAUUCAUGGAUUAGUCAAACCGGGAGAAGUUAUGGCAAUAAUGGGUGGAUCUGGCGCUGGUAAAACAAGUUUCUUAGAUAUUUUGGCACGAAAGAAUAAAGCUGGUAGGAUUAAAGGAGAAAUAUUAGUAAAUGGACGUAUUGUAGAGGAUGUCGAGUUCAAAAAUGUGGUUGGUUAUGUUGAUCAAGAGGACCACCUUUUACCUACUUUGACCGUUUAUGAAACUAUUUUGUAUUCCGCGCUUUUACGAUUGCCCCGUGAAAUGAGUUUCGAGGCCAAGAACUUUAGAGUUAUAGAGACUAUGAGUGAACUAGGAAUUUUGGGAAUUAAAGAUUCUAGGAUAGGUGAUGCCGGUGCAAGAUCAAUUUCUGGUGGAGAAAAGCGUCGUGUAUCAAUUGCUUGCGAAUUAGUUACAUCCCCAUCGAUUUUAUUCCUUGAUGAACCAACUUCUGGGUUAGAUGCAUAUAAUGCAUACAAUGUAGUUGAAUGUCUUGUUACCCUCGCAAGGAAUUAUAAUCGUACAGUUAUUUGUACAAUUCAUCAACCCAGAAGUAACAUUUUUGCUUUAUUUGACCAAUUGGUUUUACUUGCUAAAGGUCAUAUGGUGUAUUCUGGAGAAGCAAGUAAAUGUCAAUCAUACUUUGAAAACAUUGGACAUAAGUGUCCUCCUGGUUUCAAUAUUGCCGACUAUUUAGUUGAUUUGACCAUGUAUGCGGUCAAACCACCCACUUUUGAUGAUGAGAAUGACGGAAUUUCUUCAGCCCGUUCUUCAGACAUUGCAACUGAAGCACGCCCAAUUUUGAGAAAUCGUGCUUCUAUUCAUGAUAUUCAAGAUUUGGAAUUAUACGAACCAAACAGGCCACCAUUACGUUCUUCAGAUCAGCAAGAGCAUCAAAUUCAAAAUAGUGAUAGUAUUAACAUUAAUGUGGAUAGCGAUGGAAUGACAGAUCACUUGAGAAUGUUAAUUAUGAGCUAUAACAGGAGUAUGAUUGCUCUUGGAAUAAAGGAUGAAAUUAAUCGUGCUAUAACGAACGAGCAAAAUCAACCUUUAUUAACUACAGACGGAGAAUAUCCCACUGUUAGUUCCCAUCUUCGCGCUUCAUGGUUCACACAGUUCCGUAUUUUAUCGGAUCGUACAUUCAAGAAUCUUUAUAGAAAUCCAAUGUUAAUGCUUACACAUUAUUGUACCAGUGUUUAUCUAGCGCUUCUCUGUGGCUCAUUGUUUUAUAAGGUCACUAAUGAUAUCGCAGGUUUUCAAAAUCGUAUGGGUAUAUUAUUCUUUAUGUGUGCACUUUUUGGAUUCGGAUGCUUGAGUUCCUUGCAUGUUUUUGCGACAGAAAGAAUAUUAUUUGUAAAAGAACGAGCAAACGGUUAUUAUGCUCCAAUUACAUAUUUCGCGUCCAAGGUUUUAUUUGAUAUUAUUCCACUUCGUGUAAUACCUCCUAUUCUUAUGGGAGUUAUUAUAUAUCAUAUGGUGGGAUUGGUUGAUGGGACUGCAGAAUUUUUCAAAUUCUUACUAGUGCUAAUCUUAUUCAAUCUCACUGCGGCAAGCAUAUGUCUGUGUAUCGGGAUUCUCUUUAAAGAAAUGGGAGUUGCUAGUUUGUUGAGCAGUUUGGUCAUGUUAUUCAGCAUGUUGUUUGGUGGCUUACUUUUGAAUAAAGAUUCAAUUCCAGAAUAUUUGACUUGGUUGAAAGAUCUUUCAUUCUUCAAUUAUGCAUUUGAAGCAUUAAUUGUUAAUGAAGUUGUUUAUUUAACGCUAACCGAAGAAAAAUUUGGAUUACAAAUUGAUGUACCUGGAGCAACUAUUUUAUCAACAUUUGGAUUUGAUGCAUCAGCAUAUUGGACAGAUGUAUUAAAAUUAACU